UAUCUGCCCUGACUAUGGGAAUGUCCGAGGCCGCCACCGAAACCCUUUGAGAUGGCUUCACAGCUUUUGUUAAACCAUACCGCUAGGCACACCAUGGUCAAUGCCACCCUCCAUGCCACCUCUCACACGAGGCCGACACGACAAGAGUCAGCCUACGAACAAUGUUACCCGAUUCGACUUCGCAAGUUGCUUACAAGUUUUACAUCUCCAAAUUCAGUUGCCUCUCUUACAAGCCGCCAUGAAUUCUCCACCUAUGAUUCAACCAAUCGCUCCACUUCCUUUCAGUCCGCAAAAUGUUCAGUGUCCGAUUUACGAAAGGCCUUCUUGCCAGCAACUAGAUUGCAUAAAUGGAAACGUGCCCCAUAGUUGUCCGGAUUGCGCAGGUCAUUCAGGGCGCCACGGACACAAUUGCAUCACCUGUGGGGGUACUGGCAUUAUCUUGGUACCUUGUUCGAGUUGUUCAGGUCGUGGAUAAACUUUGCUUGCUAUACCGUCAUCUUCACACAAACUGUCUUUUCCAAGAACCUUGUCGUUAUUUCCAUGUCGUAUACCUUCUUUUGUCACGCAUCUGAGCCCAAGAAUUCGUAAGGCGCAGUUGGGUCUCGGUUUCUCAAUAACUCAUAUCCUUACGAGAUUAAGAAGAAUCAAUAUCCUGCCGAGUUGUCAUUUU